GGGCCGGGAGUCCCUGCGGACAGAGCCAGGACACCCAGUCAACCCACUCCUGCUCUUUUGAUCUCCUUCAGGCUCUGCCAUGGCGCUCAGCGACGGGGAAUGGCAGCUGGUGCUGAACACCUGGGGGAAGGUGGAGGCCGACAUCCCAGGCCACGGGCAGGAGGUCCUCAUCAGGCUCUUCCAGGGCCACCCCGAGACCCUGGAGAAGUUCGAGAAGUUCAAGAACCUUAAGUCGGAGGGUGACAUGAAGGCGUCCGAGGACCUGAAGAAGCACGGCACCACGGUGCUCACCGCCCUGGGCGGCAUCCUCAAGAAGAAGGGGCAGCACCAGGCCGAGCUGGCACCGUUGGCACAGUCUCACGCCAACAAACACAAGAUUCCCAUCAAGUACCUGGAGUUCAUCUCGGAAGCCAUCAUCCAGGUCCUGCAGGCCAAGCAGGGUGGAGACUUUGGGGCCGACGCCCAGAGCGCCAUGAACAAGGCCUUGGAGCUCUUCCGGAACGACAUUGCUGCCAAAUACAAGGAACUGGGGUUCCAGGGAUAAGGACCCCCCUCCGAGCUCCCCCACCCCAGCCGCGGGUCCCCAGGGCCCAGGGGAGGAUGCGGGGGGCGGGGGAGGCCUCACCUCACGUAGUCGCAUGUAGAGUGUGUUCUGGGUGUCCGUCUGAGCGGAGGAUAGCAGGGUAACGUUGGAGGGCAGCGGGGUGCAGGGGUCCGAGGGGCUCCCCCCCUGCUCCUUGGGAACCGGGGAAACCACGGCCUUGCGCCCACCCACCGCGGGAGGGGGCUGUGACACCCUUUCACCAAACAAUGUGUCCCCACGCGGCCCCACACCCCCAAACGCAAGCUGGACACCACCCCCCGCGGUGACCAUCCUGAUCCUCCCGCCCCCGAAACAGCAGAAUGUCCCUUGGCAAAGGGGCAGGGGUGCGGGCGGGGAGGGACAGCCCCCGCCAGCCCCCCGCCCCCCAACAUCAGCCUCCUCAGCUCCCACGGCGCCCCCUGGGCUCAAUAAAGGCCUGGCACAGCUCUGCAGCCUUCA